GGACACAAGUAACCAUUUUUUUCUUUAUAUGAAUAAGUUUUUUCUUGAAGGCAGCUUUUACCAAGCAAAAAGUGAAAGAAAAAAACCGCGAAAGUUGAAUUUUACGAAUUCAUAAAAGAAAACUGAAAACAAGAAGAUGACGAUCGAUUGUUUAGUUUUGGGUGCAGGACAAGAGGUAGGAAAAAGCUGUGUAGUGGUAACUAUAAAUGGCAAGAGGAUAAUGUUUGACUGUGGGAUGCAUAUGGGACACAGCGAUCAUCAGAGAUACCCGGAUUUCUCUCUUAUAUCUGAGUCUGGUGACUUUGACAAUGCUCUUUCAUGCAUCAUCAUCACACAUUUCCACCUAGACCAUAUCGGAGCUCUUCCAUAUUUUACUGAAGUUUGUGGAUACAAUGGCCCCAUAUACAUGACGUAUCCAACAAAAGCUUUAGCUCCAUUGAUGCUGGAAGAUUAUCGCAGAGUGUUGGUUGAUAGAAGGGGAGAGAAAGAGCAAUUUAGUUCUGAGAAUAUCGCAGAUUGCAUGAAAAAAGUUACUGCAGUGGACUUGAAGCAGACUAUGCUGGUUGAUCGAGACCUUCAAAUUCGAGCAUACUAUGCUGGACAUGUUCUUGGUGCUGCAAUGUUUUAUGCUAAAGUGGGCGAUGCUGCUAUGGUAUACACUGGAGAUUAUAAUAUGACGGCUGAUAGACAUCUUGGAGCUGCUCAAAUUGACCGGCUGCAGCUGGACCUUGUCAUAACAGAGUCAACUUAUGCUACCACCAUCCGCGAUUCCAAAUAUGUUCGGGAGAGGGAGUUUCUUGAAGCAAUUCACAAAUGUGUUGAUAGCGGAGGAAAGGUGCUCAUCCCUGCAUUUGCUCUUGGAAGAGCUCAGGAACUCUGUAUGUUAUUGGAUGACUAUUGGGAGCGGAUGAAUCUUAAAGUUCCUAUUUAUUUUUCCGCAGGUUUGACCAUACAAGCUAAUAUGUACUAUAAAGUUCUCAUAAACUGGGCCAGCCAAAAGGUGAAAAAUCUUUCCGCAACACGCAAUGCAUUUGACUUCAAAAAUGUCCACAGUUUUGAACGUUCCAUGAUAAAUGCUCCUGGACCUUGUGUUUUGUUUGCUACUCCCGGCAUGUUAAGUGGUGGAUUUUCACUUGAAGUUUUCAAGCAAUGGGCUCCGUGCGAACAGAACCUGAUAGUUCUACCAGGAUAUUGUUUGGCUGAGACAGUAGGGCACAAGUUGAUGAGAGCUAAACCUCCUGCCAGAAUAGAUGUUGAUAAAAGCACCCAGAUUGAUGUGCGCUGCCAGAUUCAUCAGCUGUCUUUUAGUCCACAUACUGAUUCCAAGGGAAUCAUGGAUCUGAUCAGAUUUCUGUCACCCAAAAAUGUAAUACUUGUACAUGGGGAAAAGCCCAAGAUGGCAUCGCUCAAAGAGAGAAUUGAAUCAGAUCUUAGGAUCCCAUGCUACUAUCCUGCAAAUAACGAGUCUCAGCGCAUUGAAACAACUCAUUAUAUUAAAGCUGAGGCAUCCAAAUCAUUUCUCCAAAGUUCUUUGAGCCCAAAUUUCAAGUUUCUAAAAACAAUUUCAAGAGCAGACACUGGUUUCGUUCUUAAUGAGAGAGCUGAGUCUUGUGUACAAGUAUGUGAUGACAGAGUAGCUGAAGGUGCAGUCAUCAUGCAGAAAGACCAGCACCCAAAAAUUGUACACCAGAAUGAGUUAAUGGACAUCUUAGAAGCAGAAAAUCAUAAAGUUCAGGUUGCUUACUGUUGUCCAGUGUGUGUCCCUGAUGAACCUAAAAACGUAGCUUUGUCGCCAGGAGAAGAUAUGCAUCCUGUGCUUGAUAAAUGCUCCUUGCUGCAUUUAUUAUACACAAAACUUUCAAAUGGUUUUCAAGAUGUAACCAUUCUGAAUGAUGGAGACCGUCUCCAGAUACAGUCAUUCACUGUCUCUCCCUGUCUGAAGGAGAAGUGUCCUCAUAGAAUACAUGUUAAUCCUGAUAGCACAUCUGAAGCAGUAAACUUUUGCUGCACGUGGUCAAUGGAAGAUGAGAAACUUGCUUGGAGGGUCAUCUCAAGCAUGAAGAAUUUGGAGUUGAAGACUCGUUACAAAGCUGCUACAAAAUUGUCAGUAGCCAGACACAGCUCCCCACCCCCACCCCCCACCCCCACCCCCACAGUGACACCAAAUUCAUCAAAAGUUUCAGCAAAAGCUCAAAAACGUCAGCUAAAUCAACGCUUAUCGAUGAGUUUUAUCCAUAUUUUGAACCUUCAAGAAAAAAUGGCAACUGAGCCACCAAAUUUGAUUUCCUCUGACCCCACAACUCCACUUCUACACCGGCGACUCGAAAACGGCGGCAGAGGGGGUCGUCAGUCAUCACUUGCGGUACUUCUUGGUCGGGUCACCGGAAGGCGCGGUGGCGGAGGAGGUGGCGCGUCGUUGUUGGUGAGGGAGACGGCGGCGCGUGAGCUGGAUGAGCGAAGAGCUGAUUGGGGUUAUUCGAAGCCGGUGGUGGCGUUGGAUAUGAUGUGGAAUUUGGGGUUUGUGAUUGUGUCUUUUGUGAUUUUGUCAUGUGCGGUGGAUGAGUCGCCGAAUGUUCCGAUUAGGCUUUGGAUUUGUGGGUAUGCUUUGCAGUGUGUGGUGCAUGUGGUGCUUGUGUGGUUGGAAUAUAGGAGGAGGAGUUUGCAAGGAGGAACUGAUGUAGAGGGAAAUGAUGGUGAGGGUGGUGAAGAGAGGAACGGGGUUUUGGGUAUUGGUAAUCAGUCAAGUUUUGCUAAACGAUGUGAAUAUAUGAAUACAAUGGGGUCACUUCUUUGGUGGAUAAUUGGCUUUUACUGGAUAGUCUCUGGUGGUGAAAUUCUUUUACAGAAUGCUCCACAUUUAUACUGGUUGGCAGUUGUAUUUCUGGCAUUCGAUGUAUUCUUUGCCAUCUUUUGUGUUGCUUUGGCAUGUCUGAUAGGAGUUGCUCUCUGUUGCUGCUUGCCUUGCAUAAUUGCAGUACUCUAUGCAGUGGGUCAGGAAGGUGCGUCCGAGGAAGAUCUCAGAGUUCUCCCCAAGUAUAGAUUCCAUAUUUGCAAGAAUGAGGAGAAACCAAGGGUAGGUGCUGGUAGGAUGGUACCAAUUGAGACAAGCAGCGGAUACCUGGCCACUGAGCGUAUUCUUUUACCUGAAGAUGCAGAAUGUUGCAUAUGUCUUACCUCGUACGAGGAUGGGGCAGAACUCCAUGCUCUCCCCUGUAAUCAUCAUUUUCACUCCACCUGCAUCGUGAAAUGGCUUAAAAUGAACGCUACAUGUCCACUAUGCAAGUACAACAUCCUGAAGGGAAAUGAUCAGGUUUAAAGCAGGGAGAAUGAAAAACAUUGUACAUUGUUUCGGGUUAUUAAAGCCACUUAUGGAAGCUUGAAACACUACUUGCUAAAUCCAUAUCAGAACAGAAAUCUGCUUUCCAACUAGUCAAGCUUCCUCUCAUGUUCGCUUAGCAUAUUGAGAUCUUCUCUGUAGUGAAUCGUCUUCUGUGAUUAAAAAAAAUGUAGCACCCCGCGAAGAAUUAAAAACGAAGAAGAGUUGGUCCUUCCCCCCAGCUCAUGUAAAUUAUCUUUGGUUCCAUUUGUUUCCAAUAGGUAUACAGGAUCCAACUCUUGUAAGUAUAUGCUAUUUUCUUGUGUGUGGUUUAUGUCCAGUUUUACUGUGCUCUUUUCUCUAAGAAAACAGAAAAGUGGGUGAUAAUUUGAUAUCUAAGUUUUACUCAAUUUGUUAAUUAUGAGCUUUGCAA